AUGCCACUCCUGAUCUUCCCAUGGAAGAUUCUGCUGCUGCUGGCGGCACUGCCCCUUCUUGAUUGCGCAGCAGCGAGAAAGGCGGCGGCUUCACGAAGUAGCACCAGGCCGAGAAGGGCAACGGCUGCAGGGAACCGUCCAGCUCCUGCUGCUCGCAGAAGAGCUUCGUCCGACUUCGGGGACUGGUCCAGCGGCGGCGGGAGUAGCGAGGAGGGCGGCGACAACGAUGAAUGGGAUUCUUACGACGAAGACGACGAUUUGUUCAACGAAGACGAGUUCGGCUAUCCGGCGGUGGGUACCGACGCCGGCAGGAGGACGCGCCAGCCGUCCUCGGACGACCUCGGCUACGAUACCGGGUCGUACGACUACUCCCAAGGAGAACAUGAGGAUGGUGGCUGGAGCAGCGAAGGCGGCGACGAACACUCCUGGGAGGACAACUACGAUGACGACGACGUUCUGGCAUCCCCGAAGGGCAGAAACAGCCGCGCGCCGUCGAGACGCCAGCCGCGCCCAUCGGCAUGGACCGGCGACGGCGCCGGCGGCAGCGGCCGGCGGCGGAGCGGAGCCAGGGGCUCGUCGCGGUACCAGCGGGGGAGGCGGCCGGCGGCGCCUACGACGAGGGGCUUCGCGGUGAGGAUGCCGGCGGUGAGCGGCGCCGCCAUUGCCUCGGCCCUGCGACAGAAGAUGGGCACGGCAGCGGAGGCAGUGGGACAAGCCGGGAGUCUCGCCGCCUCCACUUCCCAGAAACUCAAGCGCGAGGUGAAACUAGUCGUGAGUGGGAGCUGGGAGAGCGCCCUCCUCAAGGUGACCUGGCCAGACGACCUCCCUCCGGAUGAGACCCUGGUGCUAUCCAUGGUUGAUGCUGUCAAAACCUUCAAGAAGGAUCGGGACGUUACCAAGAACAGCGCGGAGCACAGGGUUUUGCUGCGGAAGCUGUGGGCCAAGAUGAGCGAGCCCGACUGGCGGACCGUUUCCAAAGCGGUCUACCUUUUCCACAGCAUCCUGAGAGACCUGCCCGUGGAGCACCACGCGAUCCUCAAGAUUUUUCUCGCAAAGAUGAGUCGGGAGUGGGACAAGAAGACCGCGUGCCGCUACUUCGACCUGGACGUGCUGUGCCGCGUUAGUGAGGAAGGAGAGGCAUUCCGCUCCUUCGUCGACCGUUACGGCACGUACGUCUUCAAGCGCGCGGAGGGCUUCAACGCUAGGUUCCAGGAGCUUGAUACGAUGCAGCGCGAGGAGGGAUGGGAGAACGUCGUCACCACCCUAGCGAAGGCACAGAAGGCGAUCGACCUCGGCGUGUCGUGCCAGCCGCAGCCGGAAGAGGAGACGGAGUUGACGGUGCUGUGCCUGAGGAACACGGCCCUCGACUUGCACCAGCUAUGGCGACGGUUUCACUCUUCUCUGGACUGGGUGCUGGAAGAGGCCGAAGACGGCGACUUGUUCGACGGCGCAGACUCGGCUAUGGUGGAGGAGUGCCUCAACGACUUCAAGGGUUUCUACAUGACCAGAUACGACGACGUGCUGACAUUCCUUCUGGACGCGGAAGAGCUGUUGGGCAUCUACGGCCUUCACGUUCCGGACCUGAGUCUCCCUGCCGCACACGGCUUCGAUACUCCCUCUACUCAGACAUCAACGGACAGCAACAGCGCGGUCGAAGAAGCAGAGGAGGUCGAGGAAGGUAGCAGCGGUAGCAGCGGCAACGAAGACGGAGGCAGCGAAAGCUCCGAAGAGAGUACCGCCGUAGAGACAGCGGUCGAGGCCGCUAGCGCUGCUGCUAGGCCGCGAAAGGCCACAACCGCUCCCGCCACUAGCAGCAAGACGGCAGCCUCGAGGGCGAAGGCCUACAGGGCGAGCAAAACUGCAUCCUCCCGAGGCUCGCCUAGCGUAUCCUACGGCGGAGGCGGCGGCAGCAGUAACCCAUCGGACGUGGCAUCAAAGGGGGGGAAUGACACCGUGAAAAACGCUGCCGUAAAGGGCGGCGGGGCAAGGAGGGGGGUGGAUCGGAAGCAGUCUGCGGUGCCCCCCGGGGUUGAACGCACGGAGAGCGUUGGGGAGAAGGGAGGCGUCGACGAGGCUGGACCAGCCAACAGGGAGGCGGGGGGGGGGGAGAGUGAGUCUGAAGAAGACAGCAGCAGCGAGGAAUACGACGACGACAGUAGCAGCAGUAGCGAGGAGGAGGACGACGACGACGAAACAGACGACGAGGAAGAGGAUAGCGCGGAGGAAGGGGCGGUGGACGAGCACGUGGACGACUUGACGUACUUCGAUGACGCCACGCAGCCCGACCGCAGCAGCGGCAGCGAUGACGAGUGGGACAGAUAA